UUCGCGAACGAAAAAUCCCGGUAAUGAAAAAAUUAAUCAACUUCAUUCGCUGAAUUCAGUUUUAUAGAAAAUCCCGUCGCGUUCGGACAAGCAAAAUUAAAUGUAGUCGGGAAAAGAUAUGAUAAAAACAAAGAAGUUGGGAGAGAAGUGGAGAAGCCGAUAAUUGCAAAAAAAAGAAAAACAUUAAUAAAAAGUGAAAAGAAGUGAGAAAAAAUCAUAAAAUAUUAAAACUGAAAGUGAACUUAAAACUUCGUUGCUGAGAGUUAUCUGCUCGUCAAUAGGUUACGCUUCAGUGUGAAAUUUCUGGGAGGGAAGAGCGGCGUCUGACGGAGUGGUCGUUACAAAAUGUCGGACGGCAGCCCAGUGCGUGCGCGACAAAAUUGCUGUCGCCUCUGCUUGGCUCCGGGCAGUGAAUGCAUAUCCAUAUUAAACAGCUAUGCGGCGGACAAGGAACCGUUGGCUACUAAGAUACAGAACUGCGUCAGCAUCAAGAUAAACCCCGAAGAUCAUCUAUCAUUGCGCAUUUGUCAUGCGUGCAUCAGUUACCUGAAUUCCUGGCAGAGUUUCAAAAAUCGCUGUCUCGCCUCACAAAGUAAGCAACGCAGCUGGUUGGAUACAAACAAACGUCAGCAGCUGCUCGACAACAAUGUCAGCAUAUCUACGAUUGGUGGCGAUGGCAUUACACAACAAGCGGACGAGAGCGGACAACAAACGGCGCCGAGCCUGUCCUCAUCGAUUUUGGAUGGAAUUUCGUCGUUGAAGAAACGCAAAUCUUUAACUGUUUAUCCAUUGCCAGCUGUAGAUAUAAAAGAUGAGCCGAUAGAUCCCGAUGAUGAAUACAACACCAAACAGCAUGAUGAGUCCGAUGAUAUGGUUGAUCCGACACUCUUCUUGGAACGCACCGAAGUGGAGUGUGACGAAGGGCUCAUGGAGCACACGCCCUAUCACUACGAACAACCGCGUCCGCACAUUGAGUUAGCCGCACUGGUGGACACCAAAGAGGCAUCGUGUCGCGCUUGCAAUCUGAAAUUCUCCACACGCGCCAAUGCACGUCGCCACGAACGUAAUCUUCAUCCAAAUCUAUUCGAGCUCUCAACAUCGACACCAAAAAAUAUGCCUGUGACCACACCUAGACCCGAAUUGGUAGCAGCGCUCGAGUUGCAACGCGCCUCAGCGGCCGCCGUAGCCGCUGCGGAGGCGUCCAAAGCUGCAUCUGGUUUGAUAUCACCGCUCAAGUACCGGCAGCACAUCAUGGACGCGGUCAAUAAGUGUGAAAUCGCUGGUUUCGACUAUGAGCAUCCGGAGAAGUAUCAACACCAUUUAACGGAUGAGAAGAUCGUUUUUCUACAACAGAACGAUGACUUUUUGCGCCAAUAUCAGAAUAUGACUUGUCGUUGCUGCAAUAAAAGCUAUUCGACCUAUAAGAAUUUCAUGGCACACAUGCGCAAGAAGUAUCUCACCUUGCCGCGUAAUCUCUGCUUCAAUUGCCUGAAAUUGAACGACUCGAAGGCGUUGUUUAUCUCGCAUUUGAAGCGACGCAAUUGCAUUAACUUGUACCGCGUGUUGCAUGCGCUCAUGGCGAAGGACAGCAAUUUCGCCGCUGCAGUGACGGCCACAGCUGCCGCGGUGCCCGAUAAGUUGCGCGCCAAGGAGUUGCUCGUCAACAAGAUGUACGAGUGCAAAUUGUGCCCGAAGAAGUAUCGGCUGAAGUUGGAGUUCCGUUCGCAUGUCUAUGACGAGCACGCCGAUGUGCAACGCAAGGAUAUAAUGCAAAAACAAUGUUGCUACUGUGGCUUGGAGUUGGAAGAUCCGGCCGAACGCAAGCGUCACUACAACAACAUGGAUUGUAUUGUGUCGCUGCGCUGUGUGACAUGCGAUGCCAAAUUCGAUAAUAAUCAGAAAUUCCUUGAUCAUGUGUACGAGAAGCAUUUGGCCGGUUUCGGCGACCAAACGUCAACCUCGUUACAAAAUAUUAGCGCUAUGAGCACAGAGAAUUCGCCGGGCAAAAAGUCAAACGUCGGCUUGGGUGGCGCCUCCUCCACCGAUGAGUCACGCAGCAGUCAUCAUGCCAACUCCGCCAAUCAACCGAAAUCACAAUAUUUCUCACGUAUGCCACAAGCUUGCCCCAUAUGCGAUCAGCAGUACAACAACUACAACAAUGUGUUGCGUCACAUGGAAUCGAAACAUCCCGAUCAAUUGCCACAGACAUACAAGUGCGUCAAAUGCGGCAUUGGCUAUCCGCGUUUAUCGAAUUUGCGCGAGCACAUGGUCAGCGUGCAUUCGGCGGAUAAGACGCGUCACUCGGGCUUUGAAUAUAUUGUGAAUGCGGAUGCGGUUAAAAUUGCCUACGGCACACCGCAGAACAUCUACACGGGACGCUAUGAUUAUGUGAUGAAGGACUUGAUGUCGAUAACGAAUGGCGGCUCAAUUGCUGAUGACGAUGAGAACUCCAGCGAAAAUCCAACGAAGAAAAUGCGCACAGACACCGGUGCCGCUGUGACCACCAGCACUGCAUCCACUGGCAGCGGAUACAACAAUCUGAAGGAGUGCCCCAUUUGCAAUGCCGUCUUCAGCAACAACAUCGGCCUUUCGAAUCACAUGCGUUCACAUAGUGCCGCAGCACAAAACAAUUCGUUAACACCGGGAGCGCUUACCGCUAACAAAUCCGCACCGAGCGGACUCACCAUCACACCAGCGAAACCCACCACACCACCGGCCAUGCAACACCAGACCGCUGUGCAAAAGGCGAUCUUCAAGCGCAGCUUGGAACAGGCAGCCGAUCGUCGCUUCCGACGCAUGCGCUGUCGUCUGUGUCAGCGUCGUUUCUCAUCGAAGAAAUCGUACCGCUUCCACAUGCUCAACGACCAUCAAAUACGCAAUGUACAGUUUAUUAAGUGCAAAUUAUGCGAUGCGGAAUUCGCCUACGAGAAGGGCUUGAAGGUGCACAUGUUCAAGAUACACAAUACACUGAUGAAGGACGAGAUGAUCGAGAAGCAAUUCGAGUGUGAUAUCUGUUCGAUUGUGUAUCGCAGUGAGCCACAGCUGCAGCUGCACAAGAAGACUGUGCAUGGCAGUGUUGUCGGCGGCGCUGAACAGGCCGAUACUACAUUCGACGACAGCUUGGCUGGUGGUGCUCGGGGCGCUGAUGUCAGUUCGGCGGCAAAUCCGGCCGAUCGCUCGGGUCUGUCGACGCCGGUAAGUAAUGUGGGCGCCGAACGUGGCGCGUUGGACAGCUCAACGAGCGGGCCGCUUUACUGGUACCAAUGCAAGUACUGUCCGUCGAACUUCAAUACGAACAAGAAGUUGGCCAUACACAUCAACUCGCAUGACGAGUUCGAUUCGAAUGAUUAUUCGUGCAAGGAUUGCGGCAAUGUGUAUAGCGGACGCAAGAGUUUAUGGGUGCAUCGCUACAAGAAGCAUCCACAAUUCCCCGAGCCGUCGGAAUGUGUGCUCUGCAAGAAGGUCUUCUUCGACAGUCAGAUGUUGGAGAAUCACAUACCGACCUGUAAUCGCAAGCCGAUCAACGCAUCGGGCGCUGUAGCCGAAAGCGCUGGACCGCCACCCAUCUACAAGCAUAAAACCGGCGAUGACGAUGACGAUGCAUCACACGAUGCUGGCGGUGUUAUAACGACAAGUGCUUUGGGUGGUGGUGAACUGGAGAUCACACCGAUACCGGCCAGUGGCAUGAAGAUUAAAUUACCCGAAGUGGCUUGCACCAUGUGUGGCCAACGUUUCACCGAUCAGGAAUUAUUCGCCAAACACAUACAAAUGCAUGAAAUGGAAUUGUAUACGGACAAUCCGUUGGCGGCCAUGUUUGAUACUGGUCCAGCGGAUCCGAAUCAAUUCUAUUUGGAUCGGGUGAAUGAUAAUGGCGAAUACGCCUGCGAUUUGUGUAAUAAAACAUUUACACAAAUGACUGCACUUAAAGUGCAUCGUAAAUGGCAUUUCAGAGGUGAUAGCAAACAGAACCUAGCCGACGUGGAUCCAUCGGUCAGUGCAGCAGCGAACAACCCAUCAUCCCAGAUCCAGAUCAACCAUCAACAUCCACUGGGAUUACAAGCGGUGGGCCUUAUGCCCAACCCCUAUCAUCAAUCUUUAAAAUCCCAGAAACGCAAACGCGAACUUAAAUGCGAAUACUGCCCGUCCACCUUCAUCAGCAACAACAAUCUGCGUCGUCACAUUUACGAAUUGCAUAAGGAGGAGAUUGGCAAUUUGCCGGUGCCACCGAAAAUCAACAUCGACCUCUAUUUGCAAUGCCGUCGCUGCCAGUUGAAAUUCGAAACGAAGAACGAUUGGAUCGCGCAUAAGGUGAACGAUGCACGCGUUACCAAACCAUUCGGUCCCUUCCAGUGGGGCUGUGACUUGUGCGGUGCUUAUGUGUCGCGCAAAGAGAAGCUGAUCAAUCACAUACAUAAUCAUCUGAAGGAGAAAGAGAUUGUGCCGGUGGAGGAACAGCAGCAGCAGCAGACACAUGAUCAAAAUCAGAAUCGUGCAGUAAAGUCGAAGGUGGCUACAGCGAGUUUUGUGAAGCCGUUGUCAAUUAAAGUCAAAUCUGAUGGUGAGUUGAAGGUGAAGCAAGAAGAAGAUGACGAAGACGAGAAGGAGGACUUACAUGAGGGUGUUAAGGAAGAGGAUGAGGAGUCCGAUGAGGAUGAUGGUGAUGGUGGUGAGGUGGAUGGUGAAGUGGACGAGGGUGAGCAGCAUGAAAGUGCGGACGGACGACUUCAAAUGGACACCGAUGAUGAAGCUGAUGAGGAUGCUUCCGAAGAGGAGGUGGAAGAAGAUGAGGAAUACGAAGUUAUGGGCGAAAUUACACAAAUGGAUAUGACGGAGCACGCUGACGGUGAAGUGGCCGAAGCGGACGAAGAUGACGCCGAUGACGCUGAUGAUGCCGAAGACGGCGUGGAAGAUGCCGAUGCCGACGAUGCCGAUGACGUUGAUAUGGAUAAUGAAGAAGACUCCAAUGAUCAUACUAUUGCCGCACCAAAUGGUAGUGCGUAUCAGCGCGUGCCAACUGCCGCUACACAAGUCACCAUCGAAACGAAUCGCAUAUCGACAGACACAACCGAAGACUCGUCGCCGUCGUAUGAUGAGGAUGACGAUGAUGAGAACGACAAUGAUUCGGAUGAUGAGAGUGAUGCGGAAAGCGGCGAUAGUUCGUCGCAGGCAUCGAAGACCCCAGCGCCGGCGCCAAAAGCACGCUUUUCAUGCGAUCUCUGUCGCGUCUUCUUCGAUUCGCAACAAGAGCUGCAGAAGCAUGUGAAAAUGCAUUUCCUUAACGGGCCCGGCUCGGUGUCGUUAACCGAAAUCAAGCCACGCACGGGCAACAAGUCGAGCCGCAGCAGCAGCAGUGACGUGGUGGCGGUGUAGUCGUGACGUAACGUCGCCGCCGCCUCCCUCGCUACCUGCCAAUGCUAAGUAAUCUUUUCGUUGUUUUCUGUUUACUGUCGCGUAACAGUAAUGGCGUUAAAACUUUCUUCUAGUUAUUUAUGAAUAAUAUAAUUUUUAUUUUAUUAUUAUUUUUUUUAUAUUCAGCAGCGUUAAUGCGCGCUGUAUAUCAUUACACUAGUGAGUUACUGCCUAAUUUAUUUGCAUCACAUUUUACUCUCUGUUAAACUAUAAUGAAAAUGUGAAGGGUUUGUUGGUUUAAUUAAGAGUAGUAGACUAUGAACGCAAACAUUUUAUAAUAACUGUAAACCUUAACUAUAUAGCAAUAAUGCAAUGCUAAUGUAUGUAUUAAACUAAAAUAACAGUUAUACAUAUACACAUACAUACAUACAUCUCUAUAUGUAUAUAGAAAUAAUAUUUUAAGUUCUGCCGCUCAGUUUGAUUUCGCAUGAAGCAUGAAUGAAUAACGGCUUUUACUACAAAUACAUAUAUAUAUAUUUAUAU